ACAAGAGGAAAGACUCAGAGACUUCUCGUGGAUCUGACUAAUUUUUUGCACUUCUACUUUUCACAUUAUGAACAUGCUGAAAACAAGGAGGAUUGUCCUACUGGGGAAAACUGGAGUUGGAAAGAGCAGCCUGGCGAACACCAUAUUUGGAGAGGCCACGUUCAAAAUUAGGCAAUUUGAUGACUCGAAAACACAUUGUUCUCCAGUCGAAACCAAAUGUGUCAAUGAAAGAAGCAUCACUUUGAUCGACGCUCCUGGUUUCUUUGAUGCAGGCAGGUCUGAGGAGGAGAUGAAGCGUGAGAUACUGAGGUGUAUCACAGAGUGCGCUCCUGGGCCUCAUGCUUUUCUCAUUGUGCUUAAAGUGGAGAGAUUCACAGAGCACGAGAAGGAUGUCAUCACACAACUGUGUGAAUAUUUCUCUGAAGAUGCUCUAAAAUAUGCUGUUAUUGUCUUCACUCACGGUGACCAGCUCCCUGAAGGAAAGAAAAUGAAGGAGUAUGUUGAGCAAAAUGAAGGUCUCAGUGAUCUGGUGAAGAAGUGCGGCGGCCGGUGCCACGUCGUUGAUAAUAAAUACUGGAAGACCAACGGAGAGGAUGAAUACAGAAGUAACCUGUUCCAGGUGGCAGAGCUGCUCAACACCAUAGAUAAUAUAGUGAUGGAAAACAAUGGAGAAUACUACACAGAUGAAAAGUUGCAAGAAGUAGAGAGAAGAAUCCAGGAAGAGGAACGGCGUAUUAGACACUCAUUAGGAAACAUGUCAUAUGAAGAGAUCAGAAAACAGGCUAUGAGCAACAUCCUUAAGAAGCAGGUGAACAAUGCAGGACGAACAUGGAUCAGAGGUUUAGUGGGGUUCGCAGUCAUAGCUGGGUUAGUAGCAACUGUCUCAGCUGUGUUGUUACAUUCAAAAUCUCUGAAUGUGUUAGCAGAAGAAUUGGCAGAAGUGGUGGAACAUCAAGCUGAGACAGCUUUAAACAUGGCUCCGCCAGCUACUACAAUAGAAAAGGGAGCUGAGAUAUUCAUUACACCAGGGAGUGUAGUACAAAAGACAUUUGAAGUGGUCUUGAACAAACUUAAUGCUUUGUAUGAAAGAACGUAUAAUCCUUGGAAUCCAUUUGAAUGAAUCAAAUAAAAAAAUAAUAGGUUGACAUUGACAUGUAAGUUGUUGCAAUCCUAUACAGUUCAUUUCAGAUUCUUGUUUUUCUU